AGCACCGACGACUGAACGAAGAGGGCGAGCUAUGGCCGCCUGGCGGCAAAACGCCGUACACGUGUCACCGACAGAUAUUUUUUCGAUUUACUCGAAUUGCAUACUGCUCCAGUACUUACCCAACGCAGUUUCUUAUUCGGAAAUGUCUACAGAAUUCGGUACUGUACAGCGAAUUCGUGCUGGACCAAAAACUUUUCGUAAAAAUGCAAAAGUAACAAGUAGAAAAUACGCGGAUCGGCUAUUUUUUAAACUUUCAUCGUCAUUUACAGCUAUUAAAAAUCACUCAUUAUAAUAACUAUAUAUAUCAAAAUAUACGUAAAACUCUCCCCUAUCUUUUGAGAUCAGCCUAAAUUUCCUAGCACUUUUAGUUUCCGCGUAAUACUUCAUUUUUUUCCAAAAUUACGCAUUUUUACAAAAACUCCUGUUUUUUGAAAACUUAGGGUGAUCGAGCAAUUCCGUUUUCGGAUUUGUGUUCAGGACGAGAAGCUCUAUAAGGAUCACCCAACGGGUGUUGCAGAACAAAAUUCGUGUUGGACAGUGAUUCUUUACAUUUAUUACCAAUCAGUGUGAUUCAUUGAUCGUUUAGCCUGAUGCAGUUCCUAAAAUUAUUCUAAAUCGGAAUGUAUAACAGAGCAAUUGACAAAAAUUAGGUUUUGGGCAAUGUCGAUAUUUCAAAUCGUGAGACACGAAUCCUCACAAGGCGAUUGGUCUGUUUCAUAUCUCAUCUGUGAUUAUAACACUUUUAGGAAAUGGCGGUUUUUUUGAAAAUAAAGUACGUUUUGGACCAGGUUAGGCCAUUACCUAGCAAACGUACAACACUCUAAACAAUAAACCCUUCUUCUUAUCUUUAAUCAUUUCUAUAUCUGCAAUUCUUUUUAGCAAUUAUAUUCUAUUUGUCAAGAAAUUUUUGUUUACAAUCUUCUGUUGAAAAAUAGUUUCUUCUGUAUACUAGACAAUAAAUAUGUAUAUAGUUUUUAAUAAAGUAUAAACAAUCAAAUGCUUUUUAAAAAAAUUGAGAAUUCUAAAUGUUCAUAUUAAAUAAGUAUUCUAUUCUAAAUAAUUUUAUACCCAAUGGUGUGCAAAGAGCGUAUGCUUCGACCGCGAUGGAAUGUAUGGAGUAGGAAGUUCAUACGAUUAGGUUAUAUUUAAAGUAUUUAUCUAUUAAUUGAAUGUCGAUUCAUCGUAGUUAAUUGCAACGGUGCUCCAUAUAGUGACAGACGUAGUUACAACAUGCGACAAUGAAGAAACUCAACGAAUUAUUCUCAAUUUGCUUCCUGUUGUACUAUUUGUAUGGUGUUUGUACGACUCAUUUGCUCAUAAACGUUAAAAAUCAGGGUGGUGAUAUUCUAUUAGAAACAAUUUCAUCCAAUGUAACUGAAGAUGUUAUCACUUUAGAAUUUCAGUGUUCAGAUGGCACUUUGGUGACACAACUUAUUGACUUUAAAAAUGAAGUACAGAUUAUAAAAGCACUAGUUCUUGGAGAAGAAGAACGUGGUCAAAAUCAAUAUCAAGUCUUGUGCUUUGUUAAUCAUUUUUUCAAAGUAGACUUUAUAUCCUCUGAUGCAAUGUCUAAAUUACGACAAAAGAAUCCAGGCACAGUACGUGUUGCAGAAGAAGACAAAGGCCAUGUGAAUUAUACCAUGGAUUUGUUCUUAGAUGUAUCAGAAUCAAAAGAUAUUUCAAAACAUAUUGCAACUCUUUGUGGAGAAGCAGCAGGAUCUGCUUAUACCAGAAAUGAAGACAUAAAACAAUGGAUUCAGAGACCUGGUUCUUCUGAACUUCCAUUGAUGGCAGCUGUAUACAACUUCAGCACAAAUUCAUUAACGCAACAAGGUACAAAUGAUUCGAAAUCAUUGUUUGUUACAAGGUGUGCUGACACAUCAAAUAUGUGGGCACCUUGUACUUGUUCAUUAGAAUUAUGUAUCGGUUGGUAUCCGUGUGGUUUAAAAUUUUGCAAGGGGAAAGGUGAUGGAAAAAAGGCAGUUACACCUUAUAAAUGUGGCAUUAAAACUUGUAAGAAGUGUUUUAUAUUCUCAUAUUAUUCUAAAAUGAAACAGAACUGUUUAUGGGAUGAAUGACACAUAAGAAAUCUGUAGGUAUGUAGGAUUCUGUGUAUAGAAAAAGGUAGAGUUAGUUAAAAUGUGGGAAGGUUAAAUUAUCUUCUAUAUAAUAACUUAUUAUUUUCAUAACAACAGGAAAAGGUGUAUAAUACAUUUCUAAUUAAUAUUUAAAAAAGAUUUUUUUGGGGUUUUAAAGUUGCAUUUAUCUGACAUUAAUCACUUAACAUCUACAGAAGAAAAUAAUAAUUUCAGAAAAAUAUUUUUUACAAUUUAUGUACAUUGAACAGAUCAUGAUUGAUCUCAUCAAAUUCUAAGGCUUAUUGCACGUGUACAUAUAAAUUAUUUGAAUAAUUCUGUAGCUUAUUUUUAUCAAAUUGUACAUAUUAAUUUACUAUAGAAAUAUU